ACGGAAUAUUUCAAACGCCGUCAACCCGACGUUAGCAACAGUUCUCAAUCUCUCUCAAUUGCUUCACUCUUACGUCACGUCAGGUCAGGUAACGGUGUAACGCCACGCCCCUUUCGUUCACCCAAAGAAGUAGUAUUCCUGUUCAACGGGGCAAAGCAUUUCUCAGUUCUUUCCUUUCCCUUUUCCUUUCCUUUUCCUUCCUCACACUGACUUUCCGUCCAUUUAAAAACUCCCUCAAUUUCAAUAUUCCCAUUCAUUUUCUCCAUUGGUUCCACACAUUAUGACUCUUCCUCCCUUGAAACUCUUCCUUCUAUUCUCCCUCUUCUCAAUUUCCUUCUCUCACGAGACUCCAAGUUCCCACGACCAUCACCACGUCUUUCCGAGACCGUUGAUUUUAGAAUACUCAGAACUCGAGGAAGAAGUGAGGUUGAGGUGUAGCAGCUGGAGAUUCGCGGGAGAAGCGAACAAUUUGAGUCCAUGGAAGACAGUGCCGAAAGAAUGCGCUGAAUAUGUGAAGGAAUAUAUGACUGGAAAAGGAUAUGUUUAUGACCUAGAAAUUGUUUCUAAGGAAGCAGAGGAAUAUGCGAAGAGUGUUCAACUUAAUGAGGAUGGAUUGGAUGCUUGGAUUUUUGAUAUUGAUGAGACUUUGCUCUCUAAUUUACCCUAUUAUGCUGCACAUGGAUUCGGGUUGCAGGUUUUUGACCAUGCUAAGUUUGAUGAUUGGGUGGUGAAGGGGGUAGCCCCAGCCAUAGAACCCAGUUUAAAACUCUAUGAAGAUGUUUUGAAUCUGGGGUAUAAGGUCAUUCUACUUACAGGGCGGAGUGAACAACAUAGGGCUGUUACUGUUGAUAAUUUGAUAAAUGCUGGGUUUCGGGAUUGGCACCAGCUCAUAUUAAGAGGCUCAGAUGACAAAGGGAAACGAGCUGUUAUUUACAAAUCAGAGAAGAGGAGUGAGAUGGAAAAAGAUGGAUACAGGAUUCUUGGAAAUUCUGGUGAUCAAUGGAGCGAUUUGAUAGGUUCUUCAUUAUCUGUUAAGUCCUUCAAGCUUCCAAAUCCCAUGUAUUACAUUUCUUAGCAAUUCUCAUUUAUAUGCAAAUAAUCGCUCUAAAAAAUUCUGAGCUGUACAUAAAUGGAAGUCACUAAUUCAUAGUAUAUUGCACAAGCCAUUGAAACUCCAGUAUAAACAAACUCAAUUAAACUUUCGUUGUUAAAAACUUGUUUUAACUUGUCAGCACAAAGAAAGCUUGUAUUUGUCCGUUUUAAACAUUGUUGUGCGUAGUUUUCUUUAUUGCACUAAUAAGCUUGAACUUGCAAUAAUUUGAUUUGCAAAAUCUUAAUGUUCAAAUUUAUGUAAUCAUUCAUAAACUUGUUGAGCAUUUCAAAAUGCUUUUGAUUGUUUAAUAAACACAAUGCCUCUAGAAAAA